UUGAUCACUUAUACGCGGCGCCACAGUCACUUCAAAGGUCUGAAAGUAAUCAACUUCAGGUUCACAAGUAAGGUUCUACAGAAUGAAGUAGACGAGGCGUUCCUCAACAUCCACGUCCAGGAGUUGGAGCAGAGGCUGAACGUGACCUUGGGUCCAGAGGAAUUCUUCUCAAUAGGGUUACAAGUGAAUAGGGUUACGAGAAACAGUCAAGGUAGUAAAGCUUCUGUGCCUUACAUGGAGACCUCAAUAAAGAUGUCCAGGAAAGAACUGAAAAUUGGAAGAUGGGUCAAGCUGAAUGUGACCAAUAUGGUGGCGGAAUUCUUCAGGCUGCCAAGGGAGAACCUAGCAAUAGUUGUGAGAGUACAAGACUCGAAGAAUAGGGUGAGCUUGGUGGUACCACAUCCGAGCUCUGAAUCAAAUAAUGCUUUGAUGCCAUAUAUAGAAGUAAGUCUUAGAGACAAUUCACACAAACGGACGAGAAGAACGAUUGGCAUGGAUUGCACAGAGAAUUCUAAAGAAGUCCGUUGCUGUCGAUAUCCAUUGUCGGUUAACUUCGAGGAGUUCGGGUGGGACUGGAUAAUAGCUCCUAAGCAGUAUGAUGCUAAUUAUUGCAGUGGUGAAUGCCCUUACAGUUUUCUUCAAAAGUAUCCGCAUACACAUUUAGUCCAUUUAGUAACGCCUCAAGGCAGCGGUGGACCUUGCUGUGCCCCUCGCAAGAUGAGCAGCAUAUCUAUGUUAUAUUUCGAUGACGAUCUUAACAUAAUCUAUGGUACGAUACCUGGCAUGGUCGUCGAAAGCUGUGGAUGCUCAUAGCACCUCUACAUAAAUUGCUUCAAGUGGCUAAGAUUAAAAAAAAAAAUUAAAACAAAUUCCGUAUCUGUCAGUGUACCUAAUUACGAGAUUAUUUAUUUUUAUGUGUAGUCUGUCCAGUUUGUCAAAAACAAAAUGGUUGACUUUAGGCGCUAAAAGUGACAUAACCUCAAUUCCAAAAAUUGCGAUUAUUUGGCGACUUUUUUUUUUAAUUUAAUGGUAUUAUUUUCAUCUAUUUUUAUUAAAUGAACAAAAAAAUAAUUUGUACACGUAAUUUGAGUUAUUAGUCGGUUAAAAAGAAUAAAAUAUAUGUAAAGUUUCGGCGAUAACGGUGUUAGCCAUUUGAAGCGUAGUGUUGUGUAUUGCUAAUGUUUAGCUGAAGACUGCGAACCCUAGUGAUGUGUGCCGUGAGUGUAUAUUUUAAACAUUUUAUAAAUUUAGAUAUAAACAACCCUAAUUCUGUAGUUUUAAGACAAUCGAUAAGUUGUACGACUGUUUAAAAUUUACAGAAUAAGUGGUAUUUUAAGGUUAUGACAAUAUAAUUUAUCCCUUCACUUCAAUGUAAGGUACUUAUUUACUAUUUCAAUACCUUACCCAUAAUUUUCAGUUUCUUUUUACGCAUCGUUAGAUUUCAGAGG